AUGAAUAGUAGAAAGCAUACCGUGAGGGAUAGUAAGACUGCCGACUUGUAUACAUUGAUUGCGGUCAUGUAUUGGGUGUACGGUUGGCCGCAAACGUUGCGAAACACGGCCCACACGUUGGCCGCAGUGGCGAACACCGACCGAUCGCUGUUCGGCCUCUUGUCGAGGGACGAGCUGUCCAUUUGGUACUUCCGGCCAUCGGUUCGUAUUGUAGUUCAUAAGCGAAACUCACAAUCCCUUCAAGACUUUGGUUCAAACGUUGCAAUGGUUUGGAGACCCGACUCUUCACUCAUUGUCGUCCAAACAGAUGAAGACUUCCUAUUGUUUUACAAUUUGAUUGACGAUCCAAAUGAUGGCCAUCUCUUGGACCAGAAAGAUGUGGAUAUUUCAGGUCUUCGUCGCGAAAGCUCUGAGCUUUUCAUCACUGAAAAGAUCCCGUCUUUGAUUUUAAUUUUAAUGGCAGCUGAAGAGGAGAUAGUGAUUGGCACUAAGAAUGGAGAAAUUUGUGGCAUUCAUUGGGACGGCUCUAUAGAUGAGACGUUUAUAUGGAAACUCACAUCCAAGACAUUCUCAGCUACGGAUGACAUUAAUGUAGUGGACAUCAAGUACUCGUCAAUGAUCGGUGGAUUUGGAUUAGUGUUUAGUUGCGGUCGCGCGGCAUUCAUGCCAUUGCACUCUCACCCACAAACCAGUACUACUUCUCAACCAAGUACUCCAUCGACUACUCCAUUGUCUACUCCUGAUGUGAUGUCAGGUUCGCCACAAUUUAACUCUCGACUUCAAUUUGUGUCGGAAGUGGACAACGCGUGUUCGUGUGCUAUCAAUCAUAAGUACCAAUUGAUCGCUUUCGGGCUCAACAACACUGAGGGUGUUGUUUGUUGCUUAGAUGACACUCAAUAUGGUAUUACAAUCACACAUCGACUUGUGUUAUCGGGUGAUACUUUUCCGGACGCCAGUUUCACUGCCGGUGCCCUCACUUGUAUUCAAUGGACUCCCGAUUCUACUGUAUUGGCCACUGCGUGGCAAAGAGGAGGCUUUGCUUUGUGGUCCGUAUUUGGAGCUCUCAUUGCGUGUAGUUUUUCUUGGGAUUUGGGUGCAGUCGAUGCCAUCAAAUCGAGUCCUUUUAUUGUUAAUUCAAUGGCAUUUGGCAAAGAAGGAUAUCAUUUAUGGUUAGCGACCAGAAGUGCCAAACUGGACAACUCUAAUGAUAAGAGUAAUAACUAUUUAUUGGACGGCGUAUCAAAGCUGUCAAUGGCUAAGAGUGUGAUCGCAUCCAACCCGAGCUCAUCCAUUAACGAAGAACUCGUUUUGCUUACGUCUGAAGAUCGCCUCUUCAUAGGUAUUGGUGCUGUGAAUGUGGGACAACAGCAGCAACACUACUCACCCAUGUGUUCAACCGAUUAUAUUGACCACUAUUGCAAUGGAAGUAUUACUGAUGAUAUUAUGCCUUCGACUAACUGUUCUUCAGGUGAAAUAUAUUGGGAACAACAACCCAUAGCUGUUGGCAAUCUUCAAUGGAUUGUCAUAAAUAUGCCUCAAAGAUAUUUGGCCACCAAUUGGCCGAUUAGAUACGCGGCCAUCGAUAACAUGAGCCAACAUAUUGUGAUCGCUGGUCGCACCGGAUUAGCUCAUUAUUCAAUUUCUCAUCGCAAAUGGAAACUCUUUGGUAACGAGACUCAAGAGAAGGACUUUGAGGUAUGCGGUGGUCUAUUGUGGUGUAACGAACACAUUGUGUUGAGUUGUUAUAAUGUGAUGGAAAGCCGAUAUGAAUUGAGAACGUAUUCCCAUAAAUACAAACUCGACAAUGAAUUUGUUCGAGUCCUUAAAGUGGACAUGGUUCCACCGGAAUGUGUCACUCUUGUAGUGCUGACCAAUUUGCACAUCGAAUCCACUAAAGAACAGCUUUCUAUUCUAAUGAACAUUUGUGGCCGACUUUUACUCCUCGAAAAGGAAUCGACGGGUGAAUUGUCUGAACAAAAAGCAAUGCCAAUCAAUACCAUCUCCAAUGAUAACAAAAGCAUUGUUUAUAAGAAAGUGUCGAUAUUGGCAUCGGGUGUGGAGAAUGUGUGGAUUGCGAACACUGGAUGUAAGUCUGAUCGGCCACACCUGACAGAGUCGCUGUAUGUGUCGUGUGGUGCUAAUGGGAUGGGUGUAUGGCUACCACUCCUACCGGUUCCCGAACAACAAACAACGAGUCAUAGUUUUAUGUCGAAGCGAAUUAUGCUUCCCAUAGCCACCCAUAUCUACCCCUUAGCCAUACUGUUUAGAGACGCGGUUAUGUUGGGCGCCGAAAACGACACUGUCUUGGGAUCACGACAUUUGCCAAUAUCUCUACCAUUUUCUGUGGUCUCGCGUACGAGUCAAGUAUAUCUACACCACAUUUUACGAGAGCUUUUGCGCCGAAAUCUUGGUCUUCACGCGUGGGAAAUCGCUAACAGUUGCACUAAUUUACCCUAUUUUCCACAUUCACUCGAACUCCUACUCCACGAAGUGCUCGAAGAAGAGGCCACUACUUCCCAUCCCAUUCCCGACGCUCUUUUACCACGAGUGGUCGACUUUAUCCGAGAAUUUCCUGUCUUUUUGCAAACGAUAGUGCAUUGCGCGCGCAAAACGGAAUUAGCCCUUUGGCCACACCUUUUUGCUGUGGUCGGCAAUCCUAAGGAUUUGUUUCAAAAGUGUCUCUCAGAGGGACAGUUAGAAACGGCCGCCUCUUAUAUCAUAGUCCUUCAGAAUUUAGAGAAGUCCUCCAUUUCUCGACAUUACGCCUCACUUCUGUUAGAGUCGGCGCGAAAUGCCGGCUGUUUUCAAGUGGUCAAAGAUUUGGCCCGUUUUUUGCGAGCAAUUGAUUCUUCCGAAGGCGAAACUUCGGUCAACAGGACGUCUACCAGUUCUACGAGCGGUAUAUUUGGUAGCGAUUCUACUCUAGACACACAUCCGACUCUUACUCGACAAACAUCCGGUAUUAAUCAUAUGUCUCCUUAA